AUGUCACAGAGCGCCAUGGCUACCACGGAGCCCACCCACGGACAGGCCGACAGUGUUGCCAGUGUCGAGAGCCCGGCCCAGGAUAACCCGGGCCCCAAAGACCAUUCUGACUACACUCGGGCACUCGAGAAGCGACUCAGCGAGUUGGAGUCACGGCUGUUGAAUGUCGAGCUACACAGCAAAGAAUCGGUGAGCAAGCGCGUAAUCAGCGGCGACAACCCUGAAAGCGAACUCGAGAAUGCGGCAAAAAGUCCUUCAGACGACGACGCAGGGCCUGAACCAGAACAGCUCCCUGUCGUGCGAGAAAUACGCAGGUUGAACUGGAUCAACUUUGUAAACCGUUUUCCGGACCAGAAGGAUGCAGCCCUCAUUGAACUCCUCAUGGCCCCGCCGUCGUUAGAAGAUGAAGAAAAGAAGGACAGCCUCUUCUGCGCAAAGCUGCAACUGGUCGGCGCCGAGGAAGCGCAGCAGCUUAUGGCAACAAUGCGAGAGCGUAAUGUCUUUCGAUCGGAUGCGUACCUUCAAUCUGUCCGCAUUUCAUCCAUACCACUGGCCCGCGAGCUUGUGGAUAUCUUGGGCUCGGACGAUGAUAUCACAGCCCCCCUAAUCUUUAGGCGACCAUUUGCACCAUUGAUCUAUCAUAUCGAUGACUUCAAGAAGAAGCUGGCCAAGUUGGAAGCAGAGCUCGAGAAAACGACGGAAGAGGAUGUUUUGAGCAUAUUUCCCUCGAGCGUGGUGCCUACGCAGACUGCGAUGACUGCCUCCGAAAAGGCACGCGCUGACCGGACAACUCUUGCUGGUGAUUUUCGAUACCUGAUUCAGUUCCUGGAGCGGGAAAUACUGCCGUUCGCAAAUCUUUUUGACAGCUCCAGUAAGCCUGAGACUUCGAGCAGGCACAGAAAAACAUGUUUCCGCGAUUUGUGGCAUCUGUUUAGGGUUGGCGAGUAUAUCUACAACCCGGCUGCAACUUUCUCUUUCCAAUCGAACCCCAAAGCAGUUGUUAACGAAAGCGGUGACCAGAAGCUAUGGAAGCUGUAUCGGAAACGAACAGUUGGCAAUGAUUUUGAACUGAAAUGUUACCGCAUUGACCAUAAUGGCGAAGCCUAUGUCUGCAUUCCGACUACAUUCACUAUCAGUUAUUUCAAAGGGGAACAGGACAUUGUCAACCUGACGGUCUACCCGCUUCGGUUUGCAGAGGACCACAAAGCCCUCCUACAGGUAUACAAGGAGUCGGGCCAAAAGUGCAAAGAGUGCAUCGAGGCCAAGUUCCUCUUGCACACCGGAUGGGCUCUGACUCCCGAGUCCCAGAGCUCGUUGCAGUACAUUGCCAGCGAUGUUAUUCUCGACGCUGGUGAGGCGAUGAAACUCCAUUUCAACUGGAAGUUUGAUUCAAAAUACCCCAGUACAAAGGAGUGGGAUAGAGGCUACCCGUAUUAUUUGUAUCAUGUUUUCUACUGGAGGUUGAAGGACCAAAAAGCUGUCUCCUCGAACAUCCAAAAUGCCUGCUGGGUGGACGACUGGGUGGGCCGCAAGGAGAAGAUUGACUAUUGCGAGCGUGUGGACUCUUUCCUUUCACACGGCAUCAACGGCCGGGAGAAGGAAUAUCAACUCAACGACGAUGACAUCGUGCUAUUGCCACGUCGGCUUUUCGCCUAUGUCCUCCAAGAGCGACGGUUUGUGGCCGUGGAGACUCGAAACCUCUCAAGCGUGAAGGACUCUACAAGUGGCACAUUUGAGAACUUGGUGAUCAAUCCGGACCAUAUGAGCUUGCUUCAGUCCCUCGUGCAUUCCCAUUAUAUGCGCAAGCAGAUACAAGAUUCCGGUCGAUACAGUGUCAACCAGGACAUUGUCCACAACAAAGGACGAGGCCUGGUUAUCCUCCUUCAUGGCGUCCCGGGUGUUGGCAAGACCUCGACAGCAGAAACCAUUGCCCAUCAAUGGAAGAAGCCGCUAUUGCCGAUAACCUACGGGGACCUCGGACUAUCGCCAUCGAACGUUGAGAGCAAGUUGAAGGACGUUUUUCGCCUUGCUCAGCUUUGGGGCUGCAUCCUUCUCUUGGACGAGGCAGAUGUCUUUCUCUCCGAGAGAAAAGCAACGGAUCUCGAGAGAAAUGCUCUUGUUUCCGGUGGGUUUCCUUCACAUGGUGCAGAAUCAUCACUAACAGUCAGCGCUUUCACAGUCUUCCUGCGGGUCCUGGAAUAUUACAUGGGAAUCCUCUUUCUCACCACCAACCGCGUAGGCACUAUUGACGAGGCCUUCAGGUCCCGCAUUCACAUUAGCCUCUACUACCCUGACCUUGGUAAACGCGAGACCAGGAAAAUCUGGAAGUUGAAUCUCGACCGCUUAAGAGCCAUCGAGGAAGAGAGGGCUGGCACAACUGGCAAACCGGCUCUGACAAUUGACGUCGAUGGUAUAAAGAACUUCGCUCUUGAACACUACAAGUCAAGUCAACAAGGUAAAGGCAGGUGGAAUGGAAGGCAAAUCAGGAACGCAUUUCUCGUAGCGUCAGCGCUCGCCCGCUACGAGAAAGAGCACCCGGACUCAAAGUCCCAGCCCUCGAUCAACACGUCGCCGUACAACACGUCGUCUUACGACAUUUCAGCAAGACACUUCAAGGUUGUGGCAGAAGCUGGGGUGGGCUUUGACAAGUACCUCUACGAAAUCAAACGCAAGACUCCGGGAGAGCAGGCCCUCUUGCAUGGUUAUCGCAUUGACUCGGUCACCCAUAAGUCGCCUCAAGAGCCUGGCAGCCAGUUUACUGCAGGCCAGGGGGGUAUACCUCCAAGCAACCAGGGUCUCUUUCCCGGUCAGUCGAGUCCAUCCCUACAGGGGCAUUAUGAUGGCCUCCAAGCCCAUAAUCCUGGAUCCCGUCAGUCUCAAGCUCAAUUUUCUCAGUAUGGCUAUACAGCGGACGGCUUACGCAGCCAGCCUUUCGUACCGCACGGCCAUGAUCCUACUUUCAAUCGUUCUCCGCAAACGGGAUACGGCCAGGAGUUUGGAAUGGGGAUGGGAAUGAGGAAUGAAUAUAAUCUUCAGCCACCUCCAGUGACUUCAAGCAAGCAUUCUUUUAAAGGUUCUCCCAGGGGCACUCCAAGUGGAUUUUCCGGCACCGCUGGGCAUGGAGAUGAUGAUUCUGAUUCUGAUGAUUGA